GGCGAGUGUCAGAUAGCAGAACUGUCAGAUUAUAUUAAUUUAAGUGAAAAUCAGAUGUUUUAAUUAAAAUUUCGCAGUAGAAUAAUGUUUAUAGCUGUUAGGUUGCAUUAGCUUGCGGUAGAUAAAAAGAAAAUGGUUCAUAUUGACCAAAUCAAGGCUGAUUUUCCCUUACAUUGGUUGGUAUGGCAAAAUGAUUAUCAAACAUUGCAAAAUGAAUUGGCCAAGAAGCUACAUAACAAGGAGAAAAAAGAUGUUAGGGGCAGAACACCCUUAAUGUUGGCGGUAACUCUUGGAUUCCUAGAGUCGUCGAGGGUAUUAUUGAAUAGUGAAGCCAAUGUCAAUGUUGAAAAUAGUGAUGGUUGGACAGUUGUACAAGAGGCGGUGGCGACCGGCGACCCAGAACUUCUGCAUCUGGUGCUCGAACGGCGCGACUUCCAACGUUACUCGAGUCGGAUGGCAGGCAUUCCGGAGUUGCUGCAACGACUCAAGGAAGCGCCCGACUUCUACGUUGAAAUGAAGUGGGAGUUCACCAGUUGGGGUAAGGUAACCGACGUUCCACUGGUGUCAAGGAUGUGUCCUAGUGACACAUACAAAGUCUACAAACAAGGAUCGAACGUUAGGGUGGACACAACCCUCCUAGGUUUCGACCACAGCAGCUGGCAAAGAGGCAACAGAAGCUACAUUUUCCAGGGGCAAAACGAUGGUGCUACAAUGAUGGAAAUUGACCAUGAUCUCCAACAAGUCUACUGUGAACAAAUGCGAGCGCCGGACGAGGCACUUGGCAUUCUUAUUCCGCAUGAAGAGACCGUAUCUCAACGUCUUACCACACCGAUUGUUACCUCGUUUGUAGACACCGAAAAAAUCAGUUUCGAAAGGAAUAAAGCGGGUAUGUGGGGCUGGCGAUCAGAUAAAACCGAAUCGAUAAACGGAUACGAGUGCAAGGUGUUCGCCGCUUCCAACGUGGAAUUCGUGACGAAAACGAGGACGGAACAUCUGACAGAAACCGACAAGGCACGCAGCAAAAGCAACCGGACACCGCUGCAGAACUUCCUCGGAAUCGCCGAAAUCACCGAGAAUGAGUCCACCGUUACAACACCAACGAAAGAGUUCACGAAUUCGAGUAACCCGUGCAACAUCACACCGGAGGAGUACUUCGAUCGUACGGUGGAUCUGCGCGGCAGAGACAUCGGACGGCCGAAGGAGGUUAACGUGAAGGUUCAAAAGUUCAAGGCGAAUCUGUGGUUGUGCGAACGUUAUCCAUUGUCACUUCCCGAACAGAUAUUACCGAUCGUUGAUCUCAUGGCCAUAUCGAGUUCACACUUCGCCAAACUCAAGGACUUCAUUCAAAUGCAAUUACCGUCCGGGUUCCCAGUCAAAAUCGAGAUUCCUCUAUUCCAUGUACUGAACGCCAGAAUAACGUUCGGCAACAUAUUCGCCAUUGAUUCCGAAGUGCCAAACGUAACCAGGAUCCAAGACGAGGAUAGGCUCAUCUGCGUCCUGGACGAAUCGAUCUUCCAAUGUCCGCCGAAUUACACGCAGAUUGGUACUGCUGGUGCUGAUAGUAGAAGGCCGUUCAUAGAAGAGGAGGACGACUUGCUUCAGUUCGCGAUCCAACAAAGUCUCAUUGACGUGGGAACGGAAAAGGAAGAGGUCGACAUUUGGGAAGCGCUAAAGGCUCAAAAACCGUCCAGACCAGCCACACCAAACUUCGUUGGGGAAGAGGAACGUCAACUGCAGAGAGCUAUUCAAGCUAGCUUAGAGCUGUAUCAGCAAAAUGUAGGCGGCGUAGACCUCGUGUCGAACGACGUGGACGCAGAAACGGACACGGAUCUGGACUCUGAACUGCGCUUGGCGUUGAUGCUGUCCGAACAGCAGCGCAAAAAGGAGGAGGAGGAACGUCGAAAGAAGGAGGAGGAGGAGGAACUGAUGCUUGAAGAUGUGUUGCGGUUGUCGCUUACCGAAAAGUAGAUCGGUACUUAUGUAACGGGGCGGGGCUAUAUUGAUUUUUACCGAGCAAUACGCAGACAUCGCGUUUUUUACUUAUUUAUCGUCCCGAAUUCGGGACGGGUGCGACCGAUCAAUGCGUGCCCAUUAAACAGUUUAGAAUUCUUAUUGAAACAUGUAUAUUCUGAAUACGUUUAUAAUUUUCGAGGAAACGCAAUUCGUGUUCUUGCUAUGAUGUUGGUGUUUUAAAAGAGUAAAGAAUUUUCUUUUGUUUAAAUUAAAAUGUAUGUCUCUGUAACUGGGGAUCAUUAAUAAUUCUGAAGUGAUACAUUUUGUAACGAAAUAUUUUAAAUACCUCAUUUGCACUUCAUUACUUAGAUGUAAUUAUGAAUUAUAGAUGAUGGUAUGUAAAAACUCAUUGUUUAUCAAUCAAUAACCAUUUUUCUAUAACGUUAAUACUAAUCAAUGGUGAUAUAUAAUAAUAAUUUACUAUUUUAAAAGGAUAUAAAAUAAUAGCCGAUAAUUUUUAAUAAUUCAUUAAUAAAUUCCAGUUAUCAAAGGCUCAUUAUAAGUCAAGUAUUGAAAAAAAGACUGUUACUUUUAAUUUUUAGAGUCAAAUACGUUAUAUCCUUUUAAAUGACUCUUAUUUUUUGACUUAUUAUUAUUUAGUUAUUUAUAUUAGCCAAAGUUGUAAAGAAAUUUUUGAUUCAAUUAAUGUUACAAAAUUAAGGACAAAGAAUUUAUGUAGUUAAUUAUUUUAUAUUGUUUUGUUUAUAAAAUUGUAAUAUUAUAAAUAUGUAUUUGUUACUUGUAUAUGAUAAUUUAUUUAGUAGUUCCUAUAUUUAUUAUAACAAGGUUUGAAAUUUAUGGUUUUAACAAUAUAAAUGUAUUUCACUAAAAAAACAAAUCAUUUCUUCCA